GCCAAGUUAAAGAUGGCGCCUUCCCAUGUACUGAGAUGCUGCCAGCGGGGUCUGGCAUGGAUACCGGUUAUAUUUAUUGCUUUAGUGGUAUGCUGGUCAUAUUAUGCCUAUGUGGUAGAGCUGUGUAUAUUUACGGUUCCGAGCCUUGGAGAAAAAAUUAUCUACAUGGUGGUUUUUCACCUGUCGUUCAUCCUGUUUGUCUGGUCGUAUUGGAAAACCAUCUUUACGAGACCAGCAAACCCAUCCAAAGAGUUCAGCCUGCCCAAAGCUGAAAAGGAGCAGUAUGAGAAAGAAGAGAGGCCAGAGAAUCAGCAGGAGAUCCUAAAAAGAGUCGCCAGCAGUCUGCCACUCUACACCCGCACCGGAGCCGGAGCCAUACGGUACUGUGAUCGAUGCCAACUUAUCAAGCCUGACAGGUGCCAUCACUGCUCUGCAUGUGACACGUGUGUAUUAAAGAUGGAUCACCACUGCCCAUGGGUGAACAAUUGCGUGGGCUUCUCCAAUUACAAGUUCUUCAUCUUGUUCCUGGCCUACUCGCUGUUUUAUUGUUUGUUCAUCGCUGCAACUGUGCUUCAGUACUUCAUCAAGUUUUGGACAAGUGAGGAGCAAGACUCUCACGCCAAGUUCCACGUCCUGUUUCUCUUUUUUGUGGCGGCCAUGUUUUGCAUCAGCAUCCUCUCCCUCUUCACCUACCACCUGUGGCUCGUAGGAAAGAACAGAUCCACCAUCGAGGCGUUCCGGGCCCCCGUGUUCAGAAACGGCCCUGAUAAGAACGGAUUCUCUCUGGGUUUCGGGAAGAACAUCGCUCAGGUGUUCGGAGACCAAAAGAAGUACUGGCUGCUGCCUGUUUUGACCAGUCAGGGAGACGGCCUCACGUUUCCAACCCGACUGGUGGCCCCCGAUCCCGAGCAUCCGACCGUCGUCGUGCAACCCGACACCAUGAACCAAAGUGCUGAAGGUCAGCAGUCGAGUCCUCUGAGCGAGUCGCAGAGACAUCUGCUGACCAACGACGGACACGUGAAUAAGGAUCAGCCGGUCAUUGCUGCUGUGAGGUUUGAUGAGUCUGACAGCAUCGCCGUUGCCAUGGAGAGCGAGUCGUAGCCAGGUCGGUCGUUCUCGCCGAGCGUUCCGGGGCUCUCCCGCGGCGCGCGAGGCGUGUCCGCGGCGCGCGGAGACUCCGGAGACCCUGGAUCCGAAACUGUGGAGGGGAAACACAGCCAUCAAGUACGAUGCCUUAACAGCGACUUAUCCGCAUUACCUCCGUACGACCUCCUUAUUUCCUUAUGUCAUUUUAAACUCAACGUCACACUAUAAUACUUUCAAUCAAAACCUUCUUUUAUAUAUCAGUGUGUGUAGGUAUAUAUGUAUUUUUUUAUUUUAUUUUAUUUGUUUGCGCACAGCGAACGGACUUUCUUACGAACAUCCAUCCACACACCCGCAUUUCCUCUGCCUGCUUGAGUACGUGCGCAGAUCUCUCGAUUGUGUUUACCCGAAAAUGCACUACCAUUGCUAAGCGCCUUUUCCCCAGCGCUGGAACUCGCCGGCACUUUCCGACUAGGAGGAGUUCGCCACGCCCUGAGAUUACGAGUGAUCCGAUGUUUACAUAGCGGGGGAACCGUCUAAAGAGCUAAAUACAUGUACAUUCGCUCCAGUCUCUCUUUUCUUGUAGAAACGUAUAAAAAAAACCAACACUUUCCUAAAAGCCUUAUUUGAACCGGAUUUUUUUAUUCAUUCAUUUUUUUAUCUGUAAUAAAAUUUGAUGCUUGAUGGAAUA